AUGUCAUGGCAACCACAACAGCAAGGCUUAAGAGAACUUUUGUUCUUGUUGACUGAAGCUGCUGACCCUAACAGUCGAGAACAAGCAUUAGUGAAUCAAUUAUUCGAUACAUAUCCAGAUUAUAAUGCUUACUUGAUUCAUAUCUUGACAAAAAUGACCACGAAAGACGCCAACAUUCGUAAACUUGCUGGACUACAACUUAAAAACAACAUGAAAAAUAAUUUCAACUCUAUACCCCUUUCUGUUCUUGAAUAUAUCAAACAAUGUUGUAUUGACGCCUUAGACAAACCUGAACCAGACAUACACAAAGCAGUCUCUGGUAUUAUAGCAACCAUCAUUCGAAGAGGACAAGUACAUAAUUGGUCAGAAAUCAUCUUUUACUUGAUCGAAAAACUGGAUAAUCGAAACCCCCUGGUUGUGCAGACUUCUUUUGAUACAUUAGCCAUGAUUUGUGAAGAUGCAGCGCCUGAACUCGACCAGGAGAUGACGCAUGGGGCUCGUCCAUUAAGUUGUCUUAUUCCUAAAUUUGUACAAUUUUACUCAAACCCCAACCCCCAUCUGCGUGUGCAAGCAAUCAAUGCUACAAUCUCGUUUGUUCAACAAUUGGAUUCUAUUUUAGCAGCACUUUAUCAGCGUGCAUCAGAUGAAAAUCCUUGUGUGAGACAUGAGUUUGGACGCAUUUUGACGCUUAUAUUAGAAGCUUUUCCUGAAAAGAUUAAACCUUACCUUGAUUCGACUAUCCAGCAUAUGAUCUCUGCCUUAUCUGACUCGGAUACAAACGUAGCAUUGUGCGCUUGUGAUUUUUGGAUACAAUACGCUCAAAAUGAGUGUUAUAAACAAGAACUAAUGAAGCAUUUGCCUCUUGUCGUUGAAAAAUUGCUUAAAUUAAUGGUCUAUUCAGACUUGGAUUUAUUAGACAUUGAAGACACCAUUAGCAAUGAUUGUUUUACUCAAUAUCAAAUGAACAAUCAUCCAUAUCAUAAGCACACAAAUACAACUCCUAUUCGGGAUGAUUUGAGUGACUUGGAAGAAGAAGAUUCUGAUACAGACGAUCCAAAGGACGACCAAAGUGAAGCUUUUCAAGAUAAUGAUGAUGAUGAUGAUUUUGAUGAUGAUGAUUUCUAUUCAGAAGACUCGCUUCGUAAAUGCAGUGCCGCAGCAUUAGAUGUGCUAUCAGUUGCUUAUGAAGAUGCCAUGACGCAUGUCGUCUUGACACAUUUAAAUCAUAUACUUGUGAACGAAGAUUGGCUUAUACGAGAGAGUGGUAUUCUAGCACUAGGGGCAAUUGCAGAAGGUCAACAUUUACAUAAGCUGGUACCAUAUUUGUUACAUUCCAUCAAAGACAACAAGCCACUGGUUCGUUCCAUCUCAUGCUGGGCCAUCAGUCGCUUCUCUCAUUGGCUGGUUGAACAAUACGACUCAAAUGAGCAAGGCCGCAAAAGUUUUUUUGAACCUGUGCUUUCUGCAUUACUUUUUAGAUUACUGGACACAAACAAGCGAGUACAAGAAUCAGCUUGUACUGCUUUUAUCAUCCUUGGAGAAAGUGCUUCAUUUCGCCUUGUGCCUUACAUUCAGCCCAUUCUCACACAUAUUAACAAUGCAUUUGAUCUCUAUCGACGCAAGAAUCUAUUGAUUCUUUAUGAUGCUCUCGCUACACUUGCAAGUGCUGUCGGUUCUCAUCUUAACCAACCUCAGUUUAUUUACCUUUUGAUGCCUCCAUUGAUCAAGAAAUGGAAUGAAUUGUCUGAUAAAGAUGCAGACUUAUUCCCAUUACUACAGUGUCUUUCGAAUAUCACAGCUGCAUUGGGACCUGGUUUCAUACAAUAUGUUGAUCCUGUAUUAUCCAGAUGUGUAAAGCUUAUCUCAUCUACGCUACAAGAACAAAUGCUUGCAGAUAAAUAUCCAGAUCAAAUCAUACCACCUAAUGUUGAUUUCCUUAUUGCUGCUCUUGAUCUUCUGUCUGGUGUCGUACAAGGCCUAGGUCCUAAAAUAGAACCGCUCAUUGCGCAAACAAAUCCUCCUUUGCUUGUUCUUUUAAAGAAAUGUAUUCAUGAUCCUGUAUCAGAAGUACUUCGUUCCACAUUUGCUCUGAUAGGUGACAUUGCAAAUGCCAGUUUUGAUUCACUUGUACCAUUCCUUCAUGAACUCGUACUUGAAUUGAUUCAUGUCCUUCAUUAUAGAGACUGUACCAUGUCUGUCUCUGUCUAUAACAAUGCACUAUGGGCAUUGGGCACUAUUGCCAUGCGCUGGGGACAAGACGCUGAACCUUAUAUCCCUGGUCUGGUGCAAGUGUUUGUGCCAUUUUUGACUCGCCCACAAGCACCUGCUUCGAACCACGAAAAUGCCAUGGUGGCUCUUGGUAGGUUAGGACUUGCUUCUCCUCACUAUGUUGCGAGCUGUUUAAGGUUGUUUGUCAAACCUUGGCUAGAAAAGUCAUUGUCGGUCCGAGAUGGCGACGAAAAAGAUUCAGCGUUUCGAGGUCUGUGUGCCAUGAUAAGACUCAAUGCGCAGGACGCACACGAUGAGUUGUACUUGUUACUUGUGGCCAUAUCCACCUUACAAACGCCUUCUACUGCCCUGAAAAAAGAUCUGUGUGAUGUAAUUUUGCUUUAUAACAACAAUGCAUUGUCUUUGCAUUGGAUACGAAAAAGAAAGAAUCUUCAAGGUGGUCUUGUAACCAAGAGUGUACUUGCCGGACUUGGUGACGAGUUGAAGACGAGAUAG